AUGGCCAGGGUGGAGGGGUGGGAGGAAGGAGGAGAAACGUCUCUUUUGCCCCCGGCUUUGCCGUCCGUCCGAGACGGUGGCGAGGCGCGGCGCGGCGCUGCCAAGUCAAAGCGAAGGCGUCUGCCAAGACAUUUCAGCAUGCUGGUCAUCCUACUGAACUGCGUGACACUGGGCAUGUAUCGGCCCUGCGAAGACAUCGACUGCAAGUCCGAGUGGUGUAUCAUCCUGCAGGCAUUAGACGACUGCAUCUUCGCCUUCUUUGCCAUAGAGAUGAUUAUGAAGAUGGUGGCCUUUGGGAUUUGGGGAUCCAAGUGUUAUCUGGGCGACACGUGGAACCGCCUGGACUUCUUCAUCGUGAUGGCAGGGAUGAUGGAGUACUCACUGGAUGGCCACAACGCCAGCCUGUCAGCCAUCCGGACUGUGCGAGUGCUUCGGCCCCUCCGAGCCAUUAACAGAGUCCCCAGUAUGAGGAUACUGGUAACUCUUCUCCUCGAUACUUUGCCUAUGUUAGGCAACGUCCUUCUCCUGUGCUUUUUUGUCUUCUUUAUUUUCGGCAUUGUCGGAGUGCAACUGUGGAGUGGGUUGCUGAGGAACAGGUGUUUCUUGCCAGAAGAGGCCAGAAACCUGUCUAAUCUGUCGUUCCUGAACCCCUACUACAUGGACGAGGAGGGUGAGGAGAGUCCCUUCAUCUGCUCUUCGCCCAAAGACAACGGCAUGCAGCACUGCAGACAGGUGCCCGCCUACAAGGAGCCUGGCAUGGAGUGCCAACUCAAACCGCCGUCGCCACUCCAGGCCCUCGCCAACCUGGGCGCUGGCAUGGCCAUGGGCGCGGGCAUGGGGAGCAGCGGGAACAGCUGCAUCAACUGGAAUGAGUACUACAGUGUGUGCAGAGCCGGGGACAAGAACCCGCACAACGAUGCAGUGAACUUUGAUAACAUUGGAUUUGCUUGGAUUGCUAUUUUCCAGGUGAUCACUCUGGAAGGAUGGGUGGACAUCAUGUAUUAUGUAAUGGAUGCACACUCCUUUUACAAUUUUAUAUAUUUUAUACUGCUCAUUAUAGUGGGCUCAUUCUUCAUGAUAAACUUGUGCCUGGUUGUGAUCGCAACCCAGUUCUCGGAGACCAAGCAGCGGGAGAACCAGCUGAUGAUGGACCAGCGGACCCGCUACCUCUCCAACGACAGCACGCUGGCCAGCUACUCGGAGCCGGGCAGCUGCUACGAGGAGAUGCUCAGGUACAUCAGCCACCUGUACCGCAAGGUCAAGCGCCGGUGCCUGCGCAUCUACAACAACUGGCAGAGCAAGCGCCGCAAGAAGGUCAACCCCAACAGCGGCAGCUGCGCCAGCGGACUGGGCGGAGGAGGAGGAGGGGGCGGCGGCGGGGGCGGGGGCGGACUGGGCAGUGGCGGGCUGAACGGACACGGCCGGCCGCGGGAACGCGGGUACUGGAUCCGGGCCAUGCACAAUCUCAUCCGGCACCACGAGCAUCACCACUGCAACCUGAGCAACGGCGCCCCCUACGGGCAGCAGCAGGGAGGAGACCCCAUGGUGUACUUCCUGUAG